CGUCAGCACGCUAAGCCCCCAAGCCCAGACCGAGGCUGUAAACAAUAAAACCCAACCCCGUCCAUCAUCCAUGCGCUAAAGAUGCAUUUAUCCGCGAUGACGGCGGUGUUGUUGGUGCUGCUGUGCCUCCUGUGCUCCCUCAGGUCCGCUCAAGGUUACUCUGGGAACCCUCUGAACAAGUACAUCCGUCACUACGAGGGUCUGUCGUACGACACAGAUCUGCUGCACAGUCAGCACACGAGAGCCAAGAGAGCGCUGUCUCUACAGGAGCGAGAGCUACAGCUGGACUUCCACGCUCACGGCAGACAUUUCAGCCUGCGAAUGAAGCGAGACACCAGGCUGUUUUCAGACGACUUUAAGCUGGAGAUGUCUGGACAGGAGCUGGACUACGACACAUCGCACAUCUACACUGGAGAAAUAUACGGUGAACAUGGCUCUCUGACGCACGGCUCGGUCGUGGAUGGGAAGUUCGAGGGCUUCAUUCAGACCCAUCGAGGGAUGUAUUACGUGGAGCCGGUCGAGAGAUACCUGCAGGACAAGAACGUCCCGUUCCACUCCGUCAUCUACCACGAGGACGACAUCCAUUAUCCUCACAGAUAUGGACCAGCAGGCGGCUGCGCAGACUCGUCUGUGUUCGAGCGCAUGAAGAGAUAUCAGGCGUCUGCGCUGGAGGAACCGCUCAAGGAGACCAUCACAGAUGACCACGUCUUACUGAGGAAGAGGAGGAUGACACAGGUGGAGAAGAACACCUGCCAGCUCUUCAUCCAAACCGAUCACCUCUUCUUCAAGUACUACAAGACCAGAGAGGCCGUGAUCGCUCAGAUCUCCAGUCACAUCAAGGCCAUCGAUGCCAUCUACCAGGGCACAGACUUCAUGGGCAUCCGCAACAUCAGCUUCAUGGUCAAGAGGAUACGGAUAAACACCACGAAUGAUGAGCGCGAUCGCUCCAACCCCUUCCGCUUCGCUAACAUCGGCGUGGAGAAGUUCCUGGAGCUGAACUCGGAGCAGAAUCAUGAUGAUUACUGUCUGGCGUAUGUCUUCACCGACCGGGACUUUGACGACGGUGUGCUGGGUCUGGCCUGGGUCGGGGCUCCAGCCGGGAGCUCUGGGGGAAUCUGUGAGAAGAACAAGCUGUAUUCUGAUGGGAAGAAGAAGUCUCUGAACACUGGGAUCAUCACAGUGCAGAACUACGCCUCACAUGUGCCUCCCAAAGUCUCACACAUCACCUUCGCUCACGAGGUCGGACACAACUUCGGUUCCCCGCAUGACUCCGGGUCAGAGUGCACUCCCGGCGAGUCUAAGAGCCAGGAUAAGAAGGAGAGAGGGAACUACAUCAUGUACGCUCGAGCCACUUCUGGAGACAAGCUGAACAACAACAAGUUCUCCGUCUGCAGCGUCAAGAACAUCAGCCAGGUGCUGGAGAAGAAGCGCGGCACCUGUUUCGUGGAGUCCGGACAGCCCAUCUGUGGGAACGGUCUGGUGGAGCCGGGCGAGGAGUGUGACUGUGGCUACAGUGAUCAGUGUAAAGAUGACUGCUGCUACGAUGCUAAUCAGCCAGACAACAGGAAGUGCAAACUCAAGCCCAACAAAGUCUGCAGUCCCAGUCAGGGCCCCUGCUGCAGGGCCGAGUGCUCCUACAAGGGCCGGAACGAGAAGUGUCGUGAGGAGUCGGAGUGUGCUCAUCAGGGCAUGUGUAACGGUGCCUCGGCACAGUGCCCCACCUCAGAGCCCAAAGCUAACUUCACCGCCUGCCACGGGGACACACAGGUCUGCCUGAACGGGGGCUGCUCCGGCUCCAUCUGUGAGAAAUACGGUCUGGAGGUCUGCACCUGCGCCAGUGUGGACGGCAAAGACGAGACCGAGCUCUGCCACGUGUGCUGCAUGGAGAGAAUGAACCCCAGCACCUGCAGCAGCACAGGCUCCGAGCGUCUCGCCCGCUUCUUCAAUAAGAGGGUCACCACUCUCCAGGCCGGCUCGCCCUGCAACGACUUCAAGGGCUACUGCGACGUCUUCAUGAAGUGCCGUCUGGUGGACGCUGAUGGUCCUCUGGCGCGCCUGAAGAAGGCCAUCUUCAACCCGGAGCUAUACGAGAACAUCGCAGAGUGGAUUGUGGCUCACUGGUGGGCAGUUCUUCUGAUGGGAAUCGCUCUCAUCAUGCUGAUGGCCGGAUUCAUUAAGAUCUGCAGUGUUCACACACCCAGCAGUAACCCCAAACUGCCUCCUCCUAAACCUCUGCCAGGUACUCUGAAGAGACGACGAGCUCAGCAGCAGCAGCAGCAGCACCAGAACCAGCACCAGAACCAGCACCAGCACCAGAACCAGCACCAGCACGCUCACCAGAACCAGCGGGCCGCUCCACGCCAGGCUCAGCGUCAGCGCCAGCCCCAGUCCCGGGAGAACUACCAGAUGGGCCAGAUGAGACGCUGAUGCCUCCAGUCCAUGACGCUUCCUCAGACUGCCCUCCUCUCCGUCCGAGCAUCAGUUCUGUUUUACCCUCCAGGGCCAAGGUUUACCGGGGUAUCUGUACAUAGUGUCUCCUGUCGUCCUUCAUGAACUCCUCUCAAGACGCCUGGUUUGAUAUCAAACAUCUUUUUAUGGAUUUGUGCAGAGCUUCAGCACAGAAAAGGACUUUUAUUUUGUAAGAGCAGAAACGUUACACCUUCCCUUUUCCGCAGAUGCGCGGCUGUAUAGAGAAACGAUAUUAGCUGUAUUAUAUGCGAGAACAGAUUAUCUCUUUUACUGUCAGUAAGAGAUCUACACUUGCUUUUUUGUUGAAAAUACUCAGGACUCAAACUCACUAAUGAAGGAGGCGGUUCAGCGUCAGUCCGCCGUUUACAUGCUUCAUUCUGUGUGCGUUCGUGUUUGUUUGUAUAUAGCUACACACUUCUGUGGCAAGCCAUUUCAACAUUUAAUCCUGAAAACUUCUUCUAACCCAUUCUUAAGGUACUAGCCUCUUUAUAAAAGUACUAAUUCUCAUAAGAUACUAAGAUGUGUUCAUUAGCUGCUAGUGCUUAUUAUUUAGGUACUAGUAACUUUUCAAAGGGGUCAUAUGAUGCUGCUAAAAAGAACAUUAUUGUGUGUAUUUGGUGUGAAAAAAAUCUGGUAUGAAAUGUUUGUGGUUUAAGAAAUGCGUAUCUUCUGAAAUGCUGUCUUUCUGAAAUGCAUUGAUUUUUUUACAAAGCUUGUCAUCCUGAAGAGCGAGGUGUGCUCUGAUUGGCCAGCUGUUCAGUGCGUUGUGAUUGGCUGAUUGCCUCAAGCGUGUGAUGGAAGUGUUACGCCCCUCACUGCUGUGUGCCCAGGAGCACAGAGACAAAACAUGAAAACCCAUUGCAAACGAGCCGUUUGUUGCAUCUAGUGGGGACAUAAUUACUGAUUAUAAUGACUUAUACUGUGUUUUUACGCAUUGCAUCGCGUCGUGUAAACCCAAAACCUUUUGUGAUGGGAGAAACGACAAACAACAAGCUCUACUCCACCCCAGCGGCUCUCAGCCCCAGUCCUCACGCCCCGAGCUAGGCAUAUUCUGCAUGUCUCUCUGUUAACACACCUGAUUAAUGUCAUCAGCUCGUUAGAAGUGAGCUCCGUUCAUCAACUGUGUUCUCAUUGACAUGCUCCCUACACAGUGUUCAUUGCUCCCUACUCCCUGAGCAGGGAAAUCUGUUGAAGUUUACCUCACUUCCGAACAUUCAUUCAUGGAUUUGCACUGCACAACGUCUUCACACAUGGACAAGUGUGGCAUCACAUACCUCUAAAUAAAGACAAAUUAACUUCA